UGAACAAUUCAUGAAAAAUAGUGUUUACUGUUUUGUUUAAAUUAAAAGAAAUCCAUCAAACUGAAUAUUUUCAACAGCGGGAACAACUAAUUAUGAACUGCUUCACCAUUUUACGAUUUAAACACUGUGCUUUAAACAAAAGUCUAAUAGAGCACUGUUUUAUACCAUAUAUAUCCACGUGCCAAGCCAGAUUUUAUGUCGCAGAAAGUGAAAAUCGUUACAGACAGCGUAUCAGCCCAAGGGAACGAACACAAAAGAAAGCAUUGCGAAUACGUUUAGUGCAAAAUUUUAAACAUACAAAAAGAAAAGUAGAAGAAAUUAUCGAAAGGGAGAAUAUUUGGACGAUACCUAACUUGCUUUGCUUGGGUCGUAUAGUAACUUCACCAUUUUUAAGUUAUUUGAUCCUGUCGCAAGAUUAUCAGAUAGCGCUAUGGUUGCUUGCAUUUGCAGGAUUGAGUGAUUUAGCGGAUGGUUGGAUCGCACGCACUUGGACGUCGCAGGCUUCGAAACUUGGAAGUUUGUUGGAUCCAGUCGCAGACAAGUUACUUGUCGGGACGCUCUUUCUCUCUCUGGCAUGGGUCGGUUUGAUACCAGUUCCACUCACUUGUCUUGUUGUUACACGUGACGUUGUUUUAGUAACCGCUGCAUCUUAUAUUAGAUACCAUUCCUUACCUCCACCAAAAACCUUAGCGAGAUAUUUUGAUCCCACGCACGCUACUGUACAAUUAGCACCGACUUUAACAAGCAAACUAAACACUGGGAUACAAUUGUCUCUGGUUGCUGGAACGUUGGCUGCUCCGAUUUACCAUUUCGUAGAUCAUCCGAUUCUACAAUGUCUAUGCUAUAUAACAGCAUUUACAACAAUCGCAGGAGGUGUCAGUUAUUUGUUAUCAAAAGACACGUAUAAAUUUUUGAGGAAGAAAACUUCGACGCGGACAUCAUCUUAGACUU